AUUUAGUUCUGGUGCCGCCAUCUAUGUGUCAGGCCGGGGACUUUUCAAUUGACCCUAUACUUCCUGGAAUUCGCUAUACAUAAAUUAUAUUCCGGAUAUUUAAUAUAUAUAGGAUUACUCUGAAUUAGUGACGAGUAAAUUGAUCUCGGUCUUGUAGUCCAAGACCAAAACUGUCUUUAUACUAACAAUACCAAGAUUGAGACCGAGACUAUGUUUUGCUCAUCAGUAGUCUGCAUGGAUCUGAAAACGCUUUCAACGGAAUUUUUAUGGCUUACGAUUUGUACAAAUUUUUUCUUUCAAUUUUCUUUUCUACACAAGACAUAGAAUGCUAUUGGUGGUGGUAAAAUAUGCAUAAAAUAUAAAUGCGCCACAUCAAAUCACGAUAAAUCAAUUCAAAGCGUUAUUUACUGAAUAUUACGAGGCAUCGAUUUGUGUAAAAGAAAAAGCUUAUUGUAGAUACAGUUGUUCUUUAAAUUUAAAUACGUACAUGUUCCAUGUAUUUGUAUGGUUCAAAAGUUUCAAUUCGUUUACUGUGGUUUCAGGGUUUUUCUUUAAAAUCAGCUUUAAAAUUAAUGUACUACGUGGGUUUGUUUAUUAGUACGUACAAAGAUAAUAAAAUAAAUACUAAUAUAAAAUCCGUAAAGCGUUUUGGUUAAGGGAUUAUUAACAAUUGAAUGAAUUGACUUCAAAAGGGUAUUAUCUGUCUAUAUCGCGGGGUUUUUCAGUUUGAUGCCUGUGUCCUGUCCACCGAUAACAAAUCCGUAUAUUUAAUGUAGACGUACAGUGGUGUUAUUGAUAAUUGACAGGGAAGAAAUAGGUAGCCAAUUUACGAACACUAGAUUGUAAUCUUUAUUCUCCUGCUAAACGAUUAAGUAUCCCAAUGAUGAAGUUAUAAAACGAUAGGGGAGAUUGUGGUGAUGUACAGAUACAUCGAACGACGUUUAGAGCGUGGAAUUAGGAUUUUAAGAAACUGGAAUUACGUUUUUAUUGUUACUUAUAGUAGGUUUGAACAUUUUCUCGAUUAUUUAGCUUUAAAUAGUUUAUAAAUGUUAGGAUCAACUACUGUGUUUAUGUUUAUAAUCGAUACGAAUGUCGUUUCUAUGUCAAAUUAAAAUUAUUAUUUCGAGAUACUACAAACAAUAGGAGAAAUGACAUUAACUAUUAUUUUCUUUUAUGAACUUUAGGCUUUCCGAGGGUAUAAAAAUAAUUGUAAGCUUCCUUAUCUUUUUCUCAAAGCGUAGUAGAGGAUGUAAUAGCUGAGUGCGAGAUCUGGUGAGUAAGGUGGGUGUAAGGGUAUAGUCCAUCCGAAGUCGUAGAUAAAUCCGUUACACAUACGAUAGUUUUCGAUAAGUUUUGAUUUCGAAUUUCAUUUUCAUAAAAAGAAAUUACGCUUCAAACUUCAGCAGCAGCGUACACACCAAUUUGAUUCUUAUUUGACGUCAUCAGCACCGGCCAGUAUGCUGAGUUAUAUUUCGGAACACACCCAUCUUCCUGGUUAGAUCAUAGGUUAGUAUUCGAGAAGACACCAAGUUGGUUCAAUUCCAGGUCCUCUGGCUUUGGUCCUAAUUUUUUGCAGUUUCUUGGAUUUUCUUUUACGUCCUUCUUUUUUUUUCUGUCUCUAUUUCAUCCGUCUCAUCAGUCUCUCUUCAACCAUCACGCAUCCAUUCCCACGAUUCCCAACUAAAGACGGUUUCCGGUUUUGAACAAGUAGUUUCUUAUUUUUUUCUUGUAUUUUCAAUUUCCCACAUAGGUACCUUUUAAUUUUUAACAAAAGAGCAAUUUCAAAAUAGAAAUGAUGAACAAAAUCCCUUGUCCAUUUUCAAUUAACAUGGCUGUACUGAUAAAUAUUUCGAAUGCAUAUAUAUAUUUUUACGUAUAUACCUCCACCCUAAACACAUCACGAAAAAAAUAAUAACUAUUUAUUUGUGGUUCGAUGUACAUUAUUGACUUCAUUAAUGUAAAAAAUGGUGGUUCUUUUAUUUCGUUGGCAGAAAAUGUUGUUGAAUGCACAAGUAAUUUUAAUACUGACUUGCAUGAUUGUAUGUAUAUUCCUAAAUACCUACCCUUAAAAUAUUAGAAUGUUAUUAUUACCCAUAUUAGUUAAAAAAAAAUACCGUUUACGUACUAACACGUUGUGUUAAAAUGUAGUGAUAAUUACAUAGUUUUCAUUACUUCAAACGCGUGCAGUAGAAAACGUAAAAUUCCAGAGAAGGUCUACAAAAAGGAAUUACAUAAAUUUUGUGUGCUGUAAAAAUGCCUUUGUUGUUUAACUUUUAAAUAUGUACAUAAAUAUGCAAAUGUAAUUCAAAAAAAUACUUUUUUUUAAGUAAAAUCCAGGAUAUUUUUAUUAAUAACUAAUAGAUUUAUUAAAAGGUGUAAGAUAUCUUGCCAUUACUUAUAAUAGUUUUUGAAAUUUUUUAUAUAACGUGGAUUUUCCUUAAAAAGUAGGAUAGUUUUAUCUUAAAAUUUUUACGUUAUAUGUUUUUCUUAUUUUUAACUGCAAUUCGAGGAAUUCGAAGAGUUGUGGUAUAAAAGUGUUUAAUUUGUAAGAAUAACAUUUUCUUCAUAACUGUUGUAGAUCAAAAAAAUCGAACAGCAAGAGAAGAUGGCGCAUGAUAUUCGGAUUUUUUAAUUAUUAUUAUCCUUAUUUAAAGUGAUGGUGAUGGGCAAAAGCGACAACCAGAUUCUUAGCUAUUUCGAACCUAAAAUUCAAUGUUUCUCUUAGCAAGUCUGCAGUUUCUUUACAUUUUGUUACAAUUUAUUGCAAUGUAAAAGUGUUUUAGUAACUUAGUGGCAAAAUCAAACUCCCUAUUAUUUGGUAUUUGUUACAACUAUGAAAACAACAAAUACACCGUACAUUUAUUGUUGAGAAUUUACGUAACAAUGUGUAAACAACUGGCUAGGCUCGCUUUGAUUAGCAAUGAGGUUCAAAUCUCCUACAACACACAUGUACAAAUACUGUUUCUAUUAAUUUAAUAAUUAAUAAUUUCUGUAAAAUACACCUUUCUGUGCUUUCUUGUUUCGCUAACUUUUCAGGUUAUUUAUUAAUUAACACCAGCUUGAGUCUUUAUGUGCUUAACCAAUGAACAAAACACCGUUUUAUUCUGUGGUAAUGGUAACAGAAAGAAUAUACAUUUAUGACUUAAACUGAAAGGUUUCCAUUAGUGUAAGGCAUACGCCCGUUUAUGACCACGCACAUAAACAAAAUUCUAUUAGGAAUAUAAUAUCUUGUGGCUUUCUCAUUUAGUUUUCGAAAACAGGCAUAUGUACAUCAAAUGAUCCAAAUAAAAACAGUGACGACUCAUGAGCACACUGAUUGAAUGAAAAAAAGCAUCGGCUACAGAACAGUUUUCUGUUUGUAGACUGCCUGUAGGUACCUACUAUUAAAAAAAAAAAAUUUUUUGAUUUUUUCGAUUUGCUAAUUGAACAUCCUUUCAAUUUUUAUGAGUUUACUCCAAGCAUUUUCGAAAAGCUGUAAUAAGUCCAAAAUUGAAUCUUGAGUUGUCACGAUUCUCGAACAUCAUAAUUCUACUGAAACUGUUUGUUCAAUAAAUUUAUCAAUAAAUAUAGGUCACAGUUUCGGUAGAACAUAUGAGCGGAUUACAGAAAAUCAUUUCAACUCAACUUUAAGGUUAUUGCUCAUUGCAGUUUCCCAAAGAUGUGUAUUGUGGACUCGCCUUGAAACACCCUGUAUAUCCUUUGCUAUAACCAUUACCGCGGAAAGGGAUGGUCACCCUAAAUAAUACGCUUGUAUCUAUUAACAUUUACUAAUGAAUGUUCUGCUAAUGGCGGCUCCCAAAAAGUGUUCCUUCGAUCGAUGAAUGAAGAUGAAUAAUAAUAAGAAGGCUUUCGCUGUGGACAAAAUAAAAAACAAAAAAAAAAAGUCAGAGACUUAUUUGGUGAUCGCGCAGCAUCGUAAUCAAUCAUUAUUUUCUAAUAAAUUGCAGGUGAUCGCCAUCGUGUCGAUCCUGUUCAUAGUGGUAUCGACGGUAGCCUUAACCCUUAACACUAUACCAAGUUUCCAAGUCAACGACGAGAAAGGUAACUUACAAGACAACCCUCAGUUAGCAAUGGUAGAGGCCGUUUGCAUCACGUGGUUCUCGUUAGAAUAUAUACUGCGAUUUAGUGCGUCGCCCAACAAGUGGAAAUUCUUUAAGGGUGGACUAAACAUAAUCGACUUGUUAGCUAUUUUGCCGUAUUUUGUGUCAUUGUUCCUUUUGGAGACGAACAAGAACGCGACCGAUCAGUUCCAAGACGUACGUCGGGUCGUUCAGGUGUUUCGGAUAAUGCGAAUCCUCAGAAUUCUAAAGUUAGCACGUCACUCGACCGGCUUGCAAUCGUUAGGUUUCACCCUGCGCAAUUCUUACAAAGAACUCGGUCUCUUAAUGCUCUUCCUCGCUAUGGGAGUCUUGAUAUUUUCGAGUUUGGCGUAUUUCGCGGAAAAAGAAGAGCCAGGUACAAAGUUCAUAAGCAUACCGGAGACGUUCUGGUGGGCAGGUAUAACCAUGACCACUGUUGGUUACGGGGAUAUCUACCCGACGACGCCACUGGGCAAGGUCAUAGGAAGCGUGUGUUGUAUUUGCGGAGUCCUGGUGAUCGCUUUGCCCAUUCCCAUCAUUGUUAAUAAUUUUGCCGAGUUCUAUAAAAAUCAGAUGCGAAGGGAAAAGGCCCUCAAACGAAGGGAGGCGCUAGAGCGCGCUAAACGCGAGGGCAGCAUUGUCUCCUUCCACCAUAUCAACUUAAGGGAUGCGUUUGCGAAAAGCAUGGACCUCAUUGAUGUCAUCGUAGAUACAGGUGAAAAGACUGCUCUUAUUGGUGGAAACGAAGACAAUCGCCGAAACUCCUAAAAGUGCUGUGUUGGAACCGCAUGUUCACGCUUCAUUCGUAUUUUUGUUCUCCUUCUACUCCUUCUAUAGUUAUAUACACCGCAAAAUGACACGUAAUAUAAAAAUUAUAAUAAAAAAAGAACUACUUAUUACAUAAGUACAUAAUUAUUAUAAAAAAAUAAAAGUACUUUACUCUAAAUAAAACAUACGUAAUAAAAGUACCACGUGCUUUUCGUCACAAUCACACCAAAAAAAAGCAAUAAAUCAAUCAACCGGUUGACGUAAAGUCAUCAUUAGCACUGCCUGUCUUGUAUGUGUACCAAAACUCAAAAACCAGAACAAAAAAAAAAGAAUGUUCGGUCUCGACCCGUAAAAAAAACUCAUCGAACGGCGUGUCUCUUAUUGCUGAUGCAAAAUAUUGUAUCGUCUGACUAGGGCACAA